CUUUCCUUUCCAAAUACUUCUGAUCUCAGUUGGAGUAAUGUGAGACCGCGGAGGUGUGCUGAAGAGACCGAGGGGAAAGAAAAAAAGGGAAAAGUGCAGCUCCACAGUUUGGAACACGGCCACUCGCAUCGGGGUGAGGAGAAGCGGUGAACACUUCAGCACUCCAGCAGGACGUCGGACUCGGAACUCGCAGCUCAGAUGGAAAGCAGAGGCGUGAAAGAGGAAUAGAUGGUGGAGAAAUUGAGCACGUGCUGUUUGCGGGUACACUUUUGGACGGAGACAUGGUGCGGGGAAAGGAAGAGCUGGCUCUGGCUGUGGCUCUCGGGCUGCUCGGCGUGUUUUUAGCGCCUGUGCAGCAAGCCGCAGCUUUUCCUGCCUGGACGUUUGAGGAAGAAGCUCACAUGUCUGGCGUUUUGAUCAUUGGGAUCCGCAAAGACGCCCGGUCCCACGUGCUUCACCUUUCCAGGAACAAGCGCUACACUCUGACCCCGGAGAAACUGAAAUGGGACAAAUUCAAGCUAACCUACAAACUGCUGUCAUUCCCGAGGAACCUGAUGAACGCCAGUGACACACGCCGGGGUAUCGCCAAGGCCUUUGCCAUGUGGAGCGACGUAUCACCUUUCAGCUUUAGAGAGGUGCCUGUUGAUGAGGAGGCUGACAUCAAAAUCGGCUUCUACCCAGUAAAUCAUACGGAUUGUCUGCAGUCUCACCUGCAUCACUGUUUCGAUGGCAUCACAGGUGAACUGGCACAUGCUUUCUUCCCUCCUACCGGAGAGAUCCACUUUGAUGAUGAUGAGUACUGGAUUUUGGGGAACAUGCGCUUCAGCUGGAAGAAAGGGGUCUGGCUGACUGACCUGGUGCACGUAGCUGCUCACGAGAUUGGUCACGCACUGGGUCUGAUGCACUCGCAGAACCCAACAGCCAUAAUGCAUCUCAACGCGACGCUAACUGGCCGCAAACUCAUAACACAGGACGACGUCUGGGGACUCCAGCGACUAUACGGAUGUUUGGAUAGAUUAUUUAUCUGUCCCGCUUGGGCCAGGAAAGGCUACUGCGAAAGCAAAAGAAAGCUCAUGCAAAAGCACUGCCCCCACAGCUGUGACUUCUGUUACACCUUCCCUUUUCCUACCGUCGCCCCGACUCCAAAGCCGCCACGGACCAAACACAAGCUGGUUGCUGAGGGGAGGAAACUUACCUUCCGCUGUGGAAAGAAAAUUGCUGCAAAGCAAGGAAAAGUGGACUGGUAUAAAGACGGCGAGCUGCUGGAGUUCUCUCACCCUGGCUACAUCACCCUGAAGGACGAUCACAUUAGUAUUGUGGCUAAUGCUAUCAACGAGGGUACCUACACCUGCAUCGUGAGGAAGAAGAACAAGGUUUUGACAACCUAUUCGUGGAAGCUACGGGUGCGCUUCUGAGGAUGUCAAGCCACAACAUGAAAUAGUACUGACAGAAACCACAGACUGGUUUUAUCCAAAAUAAGUGCGCCAUUCUCUUUGCCACUGUGUUGUCCUCAUCUAAAAAAAAAAAAAAAAGUCUGUGAUCAAGUGCUGUAUAUGAGGAAAAGGAGAACAAAUGAGAUGCAACCAAAGGCUUAAGUUCACCCCAGCACCAUGGAACCUCACUUACUCGGGCACAUAUUCCUCUAGAUGCAUACAUAAAGCUAUCAAUAUUUUGAUGUCAGGGUUUUUCUGUUCUUUUUUUUUUUUGUAAAUUUGUUUCCUUAGGUGCUAAAUAAAAAAAAUUAUUCUGUGAGA